AUGGCCACGCCGCUGCUGCUGGCCCUGGCCGUGAUAGAGAUCUCCGACGUGGUGUUUGCCGUGGACUCGAUCCCCGCGGUCUUCGGCGUGACCCUGGACCCCUUCAUCGUUUACAGCUCCAACAUGUUUGCGAUCCUCAGCCUGCGGUCCCUCUACUCGUUCGUGUCCACCAUCAUGACCGAGAUGCGGUUCCUGGACAAGGCGGUCGCGCUGGUGCUCGCCUUUAUCGGCGCCAAGCUGGUCGGCGAGUUCGCGGGCGUGGCGGUGCCGACGGACGUCAGCCUGAUGGUGGUCGGCAUCGUGCUCGGCGGCGGCGUCGCGGCCAGCCUCAUGCUGCCCGACGAGGACAAGGUUGAGUGA